GUUUAGGUUUCCACGGUCACACUGAGAACAAAUGAAUUACUUUGUUUUUGUUACUAUACUUGCUAUACUUCUGUAACCAAAGGUGAAUAAUUCUGCCCCAUGACGUCCAUAGCAGGAGGACACGGCGAGGCGAAUCCUAACAGCUCCUGGCUUAGCGCCCGCGGAUUCUGGUUGGCCUACCUGUUGGGUCUGUUGUCGAUUCACCUGCUCUUCUUAUCAGUGCCCUUCGUAAGCAUUCCGUUGGCCUGGACGGCCACCAAUCUGCUCCACAAUGCGGCCCACCUGUACUUUCUGCACGUCAUCAAGGGCGCCCCGUGGCUGAGCACGGAGAACGACCCCAGCCGGCGGUGGACGCACUGGGAACAGAUCGACGACGGAGUGCAGAUGACCGCAACACGCAAGUUUCUCACCGCCGUUCCCAUUGUGCUAUUCCUACUUACUUGCCUGUACACCCGGAACAAUACAGAACACUUUAUAGCAAACUUUAUAUCGCUGGUGGUCGUCUCGCUUCCCAAGUUGCCGCAGUUUCACGGCGUGCGAUUAUUUAACAUUAACAAGUACUAGGAUAUGUGCCAUUGGAUUUAUUUUGUUUUAAAAAAAUGUAUAUAAUUCUUUUGACGGCACAUCACUAGUCAAAUUGUAAAUCAUGUAAAUAUUAAAAAAAAAAACUUAAUAAUAAAAAAUAUUAUACACAUCA